AUGGCUUGCAUCUUUGGAGGAUCUGAACCAAGGACAGCAGCGUCGUCCGCAUACUCAAUAUCUGUGAGUGAACGUCGCCGGUGCAAUUCGACCCCCGAGAUAGGUAGAGAAAUCUCAAGAAGCACAUCGAUCACAAAGUUGAUGGAGAAAGUACUCCUUGGUGAGUUCGGUCAAGAGUUCUCCUUGGUUUCCACCUCUGUUGAGUAA